GGGAGAGUUGAUCAACAGGAAGCUGCAACAACUGCAUGUUGCAACUUAAUAUAUUGACCGCAGAGGACCACACAUCAGACACUGCUGUAGAGAGCUGAUACAGGUGGAGCAUUUCAGCUUUAAACAAGGUUUCACUCUCAAGGAUGGAAGAAUUCAACAUUACCUACAAUACAACACAGAACAACAGUUUUAAUAACAGCAACGACACCUCUGGCUACGAUCUCUUGGAGACUGAGGAAUACAAAAAACUCUGGUUCAUCACGUAUGUGGUGACAUGCAUGAUCAUUUCUGUCGCCUUUCCCCUGAUCCUCAUGGCCAUCUAUUAUCUGUUUUCUCUGGUGCGAAACAAUCACAUUGCUUCAAUCUACAUCAUCAACCUUCUUAUUUCCGACCUGAUUCAGCUCUGCUGCAUGAUCGUUUGGGUGGCUCAAAAUAAUGGGAUACCAAAAAUUGGCCUGUUUCCUUAUACUGUAAGUCUGACGGUCAGCGCUGGCUUCAUGGUGUGCAUCGCCCUGGAAAGGUAUUUGGUCAUCGCCUGCCCACUGUGGUACCGCUUCAGACGAAACCUCAAGAUCUCUUUGUUUGUGUGUGUCAUGGUCUGGGCCCUGAUCCUUCUCUGUCUCCUCAGUGCAGAUUUCUUCCAUCAUAUUAUUGUCUCAAAAGUCAUCUAUGGCAGCUUGUUCCUUCUUCCCUUCCCACUUAUCAUCUUCUCCCUGGUCGGGACCCUCAAAGCUCUGUCUGCCAGCCGUGUCCCGUCUGAUGAAAAACGAAGAAUUGUGGGAAUUUUGGUCCUGGUUCUGGUUAUUUACACACUGCUGUUCAUGCCGAACAUCAUUUUUCACCUGGCAAAGAGACAAAUGUCCAAGUAUAUCCUCUCGGACCUGUCCUCUGUGUUUGUCCGGUUUAGUCCCCUUGCAGACUCUUUUCUGUAUGUUUUCAUGAAGAAAGGGACCAUAGACAAACUUUUGGCCUCUCUGUGUUGCUGCAGAAUGGACAGCAAUGACAGCAACAGAAUGGACAGCAAUAAUAUCAGCAGUUCAACGGUAUGAAAGAUGGCAACAUUUACAGAGUCAGCUUCAUGUAGGCAGAGAAAGAGGGAGAGAGAGAAAGGAGAGAGAAAGGAUGGAGACGGGACAGAUACUGUCAUCUACUGAUAUGAUUUCCAAUUAGACACCUAACUGCAGGUAAAGGGAGUUGUGUUGUGUUAGUAAUGGCUGCUGGGAAAUGUUUUGGUGAGCUUGAUCAGGUUCACUAUGUGAAUAUAAAUAACACUGGUGUGUUAUUCUUUUAUCCAUUAAUUGAUUGUACGUUUAACUCAGUCUCAAGUCUUCUUCUUUUGUUUUAUCUCAUGCAGACCAUAAUUUGUUUAGUUGUAACUAAUGUGCGUCCAGCAAAAACUGUUUGCUGUUAUUUCCGGUGCAGAUAUGAAACAAGUGUACGUAUUAUUUUUAUCGUUUUUUCAUUAGGAGAUUUAUUUUUGUUGUUUUUAGUGGAAAGCAUUUUU